AUGUCUCCACCACCACCACUUAAUGCAAUGCGGUUGAUAUCUUGCAGCUUUCCAGUACUUGAGAAUGUGUACGUCUUGCUCUUUCCCGACGGUGCCUCAAACCAGAUGUUCGACCUCAGUGAGGUAAGUGACUUGGGCAAAGGUAACAUGAAUGAAUGUGCAUAG